AUGUCUAGUGACAGAAUGUUAAUUCAAGAUGCAAUUGGAGAAAAGGUGGGCAAGUUUCUCCAUCUGGUAUCAACAUUUCUGGGUGGAUUUAUCAUCGCAUUUACAAGAGGCUGGCUUCUGUCCCUUGUUAUGUUGUCAAGUAUUCCUCCUGUUGUAGCAGCUGCUGCAGUCAUGUCACUUGUUCUAUCAAAGUUAUCAAACCGUUCCCAGAUGGCCUAUGCUGAAGCGGGGAAAGUGUUUGAACAAACAAUAGGAUCAAUCAGAACGGUGAUAUCUUUCACCGGUGAGAGCAGAGCAAUUAAUGAAUACAAAGAGCAUUUGAAAAUAUCAUACAAGUCAGCAGUCCACCAGGGUAUUGCCGGGGUCCUUGGAGUUGGUUCACUUCUGCUUAUUGUUUUCUGCAGCUAUGGAUUUGCUGUAUGGUAUGGUGCAAAGCUGAUUAUUGAAAAGGGAUAUACUGGUGGCUAUAUCAUUAAUGUGUUGAUGGCCAUCAUGACUGGUGCAAUGGCUCUUGGCCAGUCUUCUCCAUGCUUAAGUGCUUUUGCAUCUGGACAGAUUGCGGCUCACAAAAUGUUUGCAACCAUUUAUAGAAAACCUGAGAUUGACGCGAGUGGCCUUAUAUUGGAGAACUUUGUUGGAAAUGUUGAGUUGAAAGAUGUCCAUUUCAGUUACCCUGCACGGCCUGAGCAACUUAUCUUCAACGGCUUCUCUAUAAGCAUUCCAACUGGCAUGACGGUGGCACUGGUUGGGGAGAGUGGAAGCGGGAAAUCUACUGUAAUUGGCUUGGUAGAGAGAUUCUAUGAUCCACAAUCAGGUGAAAUUUUUUUGGAUGGAGUUAAUCUGAAACAGCUGAACCUUAGCUGGGUAAGACAGAAAAUAGAGCUUGUUAGCCAAGAACCUAUUCUUUUCACAACUACUAUACGAGAAAACAUAGAAUAUGGAAAGAAGGGUGCGACAGAGGAAGAAAUUAGGAGAUCAACUGUGCUUGCUAAUGCUGCAAAGUUCAUUGACAAGUUACCAAAUGGACUGGGUACAAUGGUUGGUGAGCAUGGAACACAACUAUCUGGUGGACAGAAACAAAGAAUUGCAAUCGCAAGAGCAAUUUUGAAGAAACCCAUACUUCUUGAUGAAGCUACAAGCGCACUUGAUGCCGAGUCUGAGCGUGUAGUUCAAGAUGCACUAAAUAAUAUCAUGGUGAACAGAACCACAAUAGUUGUAGCACAUCGCCUGAGCACUGUAAAAAAUGCUGAUACAAUAUCAGUGCUACAUCGUGGACAGCUUGUGGAGCAAGGGCCACAUGGUGAUAAAGGAUCCCGAUGGAGCCUACUCCCAACUUUUACGGCUGCAAGAGGUUAA